UACUGUUUCUCUAUUUACUAUAUGUAACUCUGUGAGUCAAAGACACAAGUGUGCCUUAGCCCUUAACCUACCAAUUUUGGAUUUUUUUUAUCAAACAUUUUUAUGGGAAUUUUUUUAAUUUUUCUGCCGUAUAAACAAGAGUAAUAUUUUAUUGUAAAACGUGUUACAAAGUGCCUAUAUAUAUAUCUGCCGAUAAUUAUAUAAUGAGAAACAAGCAAAGUAAAGCGCAAAUUCAAAUGCAAUUAAAUAUGUGCCAUGAUAUAUACAAGCAAUACAGUUGGUUGUUAAACGCUUACGUUUCUGAUUACUAUGUUAGCGAGUAUUGGCAGCAACUACCUCAGUCGUGGAGGGAGUCGUUAAAAAACUUGAAACCCGAAGUUUUAUCGAAUAUAAUAGACUCCGAGAGUACACUCACCAACUUUCAGUUGUUACCUUUAUCCUUGUUGGCACUGCGGCAAACUAUUAGAUACCUAAGUAUACCACGUGCUCAGGAAAAUCGCCUAGAUCAAUUAAAGCCAAUACAUGGUCUACUAUUUAAUGACAAUGUGAUGCGGAAUGAACACUUUAAGAACUGCUUCUGGAAACGUAUUAAACUAAAGAAGAGGCACGAAAUUGAACUAAUUGCAAAGAUGUGUUACAAGCUGGCAAAUGAAACACAGUGCCAUUACAUUGUAGAUGUUGGAUCUGGUCUAGGCCAUCUCAGUAGAAUACUUUGUUACAUGUAUGGCCUUCGAGUGUGUGCAUUGGAAGCGCAAAAAUGUUUAUGCACAGAAGCCAGAAAACUUGACGAUUUUAUGGAAAACACUAUGAAAAAUUACUUUAACAUCUCCAUAAAUCAAAAUUUACGAGUGGCUCAUCUAAAUGUUAAAAUUAAAACAGACCACAACGGUAGUGAUAUUUUAGAGGCUGUUAAAAAAGCGUUUGGUAUUGACAAUGAUAAUAUUCAAUUUGGAAUUGUUGGCUUACAUCCAUGUGGCAAUCUGGGUCCAACAUUAUUGCGCUUAUUUAAGCAGUCCACCCAAGUGAAAUUUUUAAAUAUUGUCGGUUGCUGCUAUAUGAAGUUAACAACAUUUGGAUAUCCGCUCAGCGCCUACAGUCAGAAAAAUAAUUACGAACUAGACUACUCAGCUCGAGAACUGGCCUGCCAUGCUUUAGAGGCAUAUGUUGCAAAAUUGAAGAACGGCGAAUUUGAUCAACUAAAAGUUCACGCCUACCGAGCUGCUUUGGAAAAACUGAUAACAGACAGGCAGCCCAAUAUGUAUCAUUCACAAGUCAACAGUGUAAAAUGCACCAACGGAUUGGUAUUUGCGGAAUAUUGCAGGAAGGCGACGUCAAACUUGGAUAUCAAACUGAGUAUAAACGAAAUAGAGUCACUGCAAAUAAAAAAUUAUUUGGACAACUGGAAAGAUGUCGUGGUUUUUUACUCUCUACGUUUGAUGAUAGCUCCACUUGUUGAAAAUAUCAUCCUGCUUGAUCGCCUUCUGUACAUAUUGGAAUCUGAUUAUAAUUGCGAAAUCACUUCUUUAUUCAAUCCACAAUUGUCGCCCAGAAACCAAGUCCUUAUCGCUAAGAAGUAGAUGACUUCGGUCCAGAUUUGGUUUCAGUCCUGCCAGAAAAGCUGGGAUACACGAGGCACCAU